AAGCUAUUUACGUUACCUUCGAGACGGCCCAGUUAAUGGAGUCACGCGGCCACGCCAAUACAACAAAUGAGACCGUAGCAGAUGUAAAGGGGAUUUUUUUUACUUGAAAUAGAUCAUCGGUCACAGAUAGAUGCUGUCUAUAUUACAAUGACCGCAAAGGAAUAGUUUUAAGCUAAAUACUUGGCUCGUUUGCAGCUGUCUUACCGUAUCAACACAAGGGCCUAUGUAGCUAGCUAGCUAGUUAACGCUCAUUCCUCAGCUGCAGUAAAUUAACAGGCGUGCCAUUUUAUUUUAUUUUAUCUAUAACGCAACUUAUCUGCUUUGCCUAAAAGACAGCAUUGGGUUUUUUGUUGCUUUUUCACGACAAUGGCGGAACAGGGUGCAGCGGCCAUGCAGAAUUUGGACAGGAGCUGCUGGGUAUGCUUUGCCACAGAUGAGGACGACCGCACAGCAGAGUGGGUGCGUCCUUGUCGCUGCCGGGGCUCGACCAAAUGGGUUCACCAGGCCUGUCUGCAGCGCUGGGUGGACGAGAAGCAACGAGGCAACAGCACCGCACGUGUGGCCUGCCCACAGUGCAAUGCAGAAUACCUCAUCGUCUUUCCCAAACUGGGCCCCGUGGUUUACGUGCUGGACCUGGCCGACCGGCUCAUCUCUAAGGCCGGCCCCUUCGCCGCCGCCGGCAUCAUGGUGGGCUCCAUCUACUGGACUGCAGUCACCUACGGAGCAGUCACUGUCAUGCAGGUGGUGGGCCAUAAGGAGGGCCUGGACGUUAUGGAGCGGGCCGACCCUCUGUUCCUGCUCAUCGGCCUGCCCACCAUCCCCGUCAUGCUGAUCCUCGGCAAGAUGAUCCGCUGGGAGGACUACGUCCUGCGUCUGUGGAGGAAGUACUCCAACAAGCUGCAGAUCCUCAACAGCAUCUUCCCAAGGAUCGGCUGCCCGGUUCCCCGCAUCCCGGCAGAGGCCAGCCCCUUGGCAGACCACGUGUCGGCCACGCGGAUCCUGUGCGGCGCCCUGGUCUUCCCCACCAUCGCCACCAUCGUGGGGAAGCUCAUGUUCAGCAGCGUCAACUCCAACCUGCAGAGGACCAUCCUGGGAGGCAUCGCCUUUGUGGCCAUCAAGGGGGCGUUUAAGGUGUACUUCAAACAGCAGCAGUACCUGAGGCAAGCCCACCGCAAGAUCCUGGACUUCCCUGAGCAGGAGGAAGCCUGAGGAGGCUGCGCCGUCCGGAGGGGGGGGACAGCCGGACCCCACACACAGACACGCGGGACUCUGAGCAGGAAGUGUUGGUGAAAACGGACUCGGGGGUCAGGGUCGGCCUCCCUUACGCCUCGACCCCUUCUGGAGCGAUUCAUCGCACGGCCGCUGACAUUCACGCAAGGAUCCCCACCGCCGCCACUACACGUUUUUAAACUUUUGACGCUUUUGGUAAAGUGAAGACGGAUAACACUCGUCGACGCCGACUGGAGCAUGUUUGCAGUCGGUGUGCGGUUAUAGACACACACGUCGGAAAACCAAGGAGUCGUGCUUGUGUGACUCUCGGGUGGAUUUGCUUCAACCACCACAUAACUAACACUUAUUGUAAACGUACUGUAUUUUAAAGAUUAAAAAGGCGGGCCAUGUGUAAUUUAGAAAGUUUUAUAAUAAUAAAUGGUUGUUUUAUAAUUAUUUCAAAGAUUUGAAAAGUCCCCCUUUUGCCUAAGUUUGGGGUUUGUAUUAAAUGCAACUGUUCAGUGUGGUGUAGAAUGUAUUAACAAUUAAACAAUAAUUAAUGUAUAAAUCCUGAUGCAGUAGCUACAUUAACCCCAACCAGGAAGCAUCAAGAGAGAAACGACCCGCUGACCACAUGGGGGGGGGGGGGUUUGAGACCCUGCAACUAUGUGAGGGCUCUUUGUUUUUGUUCACAGGCCUCGGCAGCGUUUGUCGUCUGUAGCUUCAUCUCCGCUCAACAAAACGCUCGUCUGUCGUGUCCCAAAGCUACAGCACGUGGUCGAGCCUGUCGCCGCGAGACAUUUACAGCAGACGGGUGGACGGAUAAUGGACGCUUUUGGUCCUCGGAGCUUUUUUUUGCUGUGACGGGAUGUUCUACCGGGAAAUCAUCUGAAAAGCUUGGGGAGACUCGCUCACCUGAUGGUCCAGCACUUUGCUCUGGGAAGAUGUGAAACUUUAUUUUUUAUUUGAGCUACAAAUCCACUUUAUUCCCCCAAACAUGUGAUGAUAGGACUGUUGUGUUGCCCGAGUGCAAACUGCACCUCAGGUCAGCCUGCGGUUCUGAGGUAAUGGACCUUUUCUCAUGGCAGACAUGUUGACAUUUCGUAGUAGGAAAAGCACCGGUGUAUUCAAAACCAUUACUGAUGGCUGCAUUCCACUUAGGAGAGGUCCUGGUAUUGUGCAUGCUGAGUCACUGGAAUAGCUUACUGGGACACUUGAUGGAACUGAGCCAUCGUUAAGGUUAUCAAUGUCAGCUGUGCUUUUCCUACUAUGACAAGUCCAAAUGUCUGCUGUGAAAAAGGUCCAUUACCAUGCAGAUAUAAGGGAAGCUUGGACACUGCUCAUUGUGGGUGACAUUUCU